GAUUGACCACCAUUCGCGAGAUACACUGUAUUACGUAAAUUUCUUUCGUUUGUGAUAUGGUAUAUAAAAAAAAAGAAAAAUAUAUGAUGGUGAAAUUAUAGCGAAAACUAGUUGUACUGCAAUCAGUAUAUAGGGUAUGCAAACGUGGGCGGCCACUAUUCCAUGGUCUUUACACCGUCUAUUUUCGACGAGAACAGGAAGACCGUCUCUUUUACUCGGUUAUCGUGGACACACGCUCUCGCGCAUGCUCUUCGAACGUUGUGGAAAGCUUCGCCGUCACGAACACGCUCUUGUGUUCGUUGUAAAUACGAAUGCCGAAUGCUUGCUACCGAAAAUAAUCACGCGAGGACGUUGCUGCGAUUUUAGGCUGCUUCUUCCGCGGCUCUCUUGACGUCGCCAAACGUAAAAAAUGCAUUCCCACCGCGAACCUUUCGAGAUAUUCGCCGUAAGACCUGCCGAUCUGUCUUAACACGAAUUCUUGCAAUAACAUUCGUUUCAUUAAUAAACAAACGUAUGAUAAAAUAUUAUUGAUCGUGUGUUUACCUCGUGUUGGACCAGUGAUAGAAAAUCGAACAAGUAAAUUCUUACUGAUGUGUAACGGAAGAGUGGUACAAAAGUUAGUGCUGUUCAUGAUCCGUCUCUGUUGCCUCGACUUCAGUAUCGAAGCAAAAAGACACUGUACCUAAGUACUUUGCAAGUGAUCAUCGUUACACCUUUAUCAUCUCAAUCAACCGAAUUAAAUAAAUGGAUAUUGAAAUUUCUAAAUACCAAGCAGAAAGUAUCUAAAGCUCGUAGAAGUAUCUUCCGCGCUACGCCUAUGAUAUUUAUGAAAAAAAAUAUACAUAUGUUCUAAAAUUAGAUUGCGCAUAUAAGAUAGAAUACACUUAGAGUAUUUAAGAAUUCGAUUGAAGAGCUCGCGGAAGGUAAAGCACACAUGUAAAGCCAGCCAAAUGGUUGAUAAUGAGAAGUUCGGUGAUCAUAGUGGUCAAAAGGCCGAAAGAAAUGUCGGUCGAGCGUGCACGAGCCGCGUUACCGAACAAAGAACAUCGUCGAAGGGUAAACACAAAGUGGACGAAAGUGAAUUACCUGCACCGCCACCGGAUCCAUGGGCGAGCCUAUGGCGCUUGCAGAAUCCGCGAGAUCAAACGGAAAUAGGACAGAGUCGAAACGUCGACGAAGACGAGGACAUGAUCGCCUACUUGACGGAUUAUGGGACGUUGCCGUUCGAAGGUCAAACCUCGGAGUGCCCUUCAAGAAAUUCUGCUGUGUCUGCGACGGCUAUUUCAGGUGUUUGCGCGGAAGAUGCGUUCGAGCACUUGGAUCGUUUGUACGCUUUCGCCGAGCAAAUUCUCGAGCUGAGGGACCGCAAUUCGAAGUUUUUCAAACGCGUCAGGAAUCUGGAACGGCUGAAAAUACUCCGUAGCGCCAAUCAUAAGUUGGAGAAUGCUUUCGCGCGCGACAAGGACGCAAUUAUCGACGUAUGCGAGGAGGACACUGGAUUCGCGGAAUCGUUGUUGGACGCUAUGCUGUCGAAUUGCAGGGAUUCGCCGUUUCAAAAGCGGAACAUUCGUUCGUCAUCGUCGAGGCAACUGAGAAAUAAAUUCGACAUGGAAAAGCAGGCGUCGAUAGAUGAAAUUUCUGGAAGCGCGCCGAAGGUUUCGAAGUGGACCAGAGUUAAGGCCGCUUUCAAGUGGGAGAGAGCUUACACGAACGACGCAGAAAUUAUAGAUCCAUCGAUGACAACGAGCACGUCAUCCACGACCACCGUUUCUCCAUCGUCUCCAACGGCCAAGUAUCACAGAAUACCAGAUGUUGAAAUUAGAGAACCGAGCAAUACUACCACUUCCUCUCCUGUUAUCGAGCUUUGCAACGUAGGGACGCUCUUCGGUCGAACCUCGCCUCCAUCUUCGUUCAAUGAAGGAUUUUACGAUUGUUCGCAGAAGAGUGCUUUGAAUCAUUUAGAUUAUAAAUCUUUAAAGAGAAAAUCGAAUAAAAAACCAGCGUAUGGAAAUUGGCACAGUGAAUCUCUUGAUGAUAAUAUUCUUAUAUUAGAUACUUCACAAGUUAAUGAAACGGGAUUAACGAACGAGGUCGGACAAGGGAAGCCACUAAUUCGAAUUACAUCGGAUAAAAGCCACACGACACUAUCGUCGAACAGAAUAGACGAGAAAGGUACAGAACCGACGUCGAAAAGAUCAACGCCAACUUUGACGAUUACGAUACCUUCGCACGAAGAGAACAUCAGAUACACAUCUUCCCCAGAAUCAAAUUCGCCACUUUUUUUCAAUACCAUCAAUUCUGCAGGAAAUUCUCCACAACACAGGAAGACAUUUCGAGACUUGUCUACGAACAAAGAUUUUAAACGGCAGCAAUCAUUCGGUGGGGAAUCGGCGAUUCUUACGUCGAAGAUACAGAGGUCAGAUUCCAAGUGGAACAAAGUCAGACGAGCGUUUCUAACGAAUUCAAUCCCAAGCGUCCCGUCGAAUCUCAUCAAUGUCGUUUCCAGACAGAUGCUGUUUCAAGACGGAUUAGAAGCAUCAGUUGGCUGUAAUCACAACGACAGCGUGGAAAAUAUCGAGAAGACAACACCGUCGAACGUGCAGGCGGACACGCGGCAAGAUUAUCGAGCUCUCAAAGAAAAAUUGGGAAGCGAGUUUCAUCAAAAACUGGUGGAAUGGGAACGUCUGAAAAGCCUUCCACCUCGCGUCGCCACGAAAGAGGUCCGUGAAAUUUCGUUCAGCGUACCAAGCCCUCGAGAGAGUUUGCUGUCCGAGGAAAGAUUAGCUCCUGAAUUCAGGAAGAAGCUGCAGGACUGGAAGCGCGCCAAGAAAGUGCGACGCGGAAGCGCACCCCUCGAACAGCAAAGGAUCAAACGACGUCGUUUGACCGACUGGCAACUUUGGAGAUCUCCUUCGAAAACUGAAUACAGAAACAGAGAGGUCGCGAUCCCGCAAGUCAGCGCCGAGUCUGUCAGAGAAAUCGCUAACGACGGGAGGUCUCAGCUUGGCGAGGAUCUCCCACGAAGAGUCGAAAGCUCGAAGAGAACGAACGACAGCGGCAAUUACGAUUCCGUGCAUUCGAAAUCGGACCGAUUGAAAAUCGCGUCUGGAUUCGAUGAAACCGAGUUUCUCGCUCUAGAAAAGUUACUGCCGCUUUUUAAUAGUAACGCGAGUAGAGAGAGACGUGGCUGCGAUGUUCAACAACUGGACGAAUGUUUCGAUGGAGACGCAAGAUCAUAUGGCGAUGGAACGCAGAACCUAAACGAUACCAACGAAGUUUUCGUUCGUACAUCCGUCGGAUCUUACCGAUUCGAAGGCAUUUCGCGUGAAUUCACAAGGAAACUAUAUGACUGGGAGCGAUACCGUGGAAUAUCGCCCACAUCUUCAACGUUCCGCCUCCUAGGACCUGCUUACAUACCAUUUUUAAGACGAUCGACCAUCAAAACGUCAACGGAUUCACCCACGAGUAAUUAUUUAAAAGUUAGAAGCAACGAGCCGGUAUUGUUCAAAGAUUGCUCUUUGAAGAGAUCGAAAUCUGUCGGCAGCAUCAUUGAGAAAACCGAUCAAAAUGCAUUUUUCGUACGCCGUUCGAACAGUUUGCAAUUACUGAAUCAUCUCACGAGUAGAUUGGAAGAACUGGAUCGCAUCGACAUCUUACCAGAGGCUAUCGACGCUCAGAGAACGGAGGACAUAAUGGAAGACGGUAUAAUGGACGAUUCCGAACCGGAAGCGAUGAUCGUAGACAUCGAGGACGUUAUCGAGGAAACGGCGAGUCCCCUGGAGAGGGUGCAACCGCAUCAGACGCCUGUAUACUCGGUUGCAGCGAGCGAAACCACCAGCAUCGCCGUGCCGCUUGGAACAGUUGCCUCCAGUCACGAACCAUCACCGGUAUACUUAAUCGAGAUCGACGAAAAUUCUGACCGCAAACACUGGGAAUCGAACGAAUGGAUUCAGAGGGAAAGUUUCUCGAGCGAGGAGAGUUUGAGCGCGGAACGAUCGAAUACGGUGAAAGCCUGGGACAACGAAAGGAAUUCCUCGAGUAACGUCGAUUCAGAGCACUGGUCCUUUACGAGCUCGACGAGUAACAGAGAAAUUAAAGAAGGAUUGGAUAAAGAUUCUGUGAAGUCAAAUAGUUCGAUUUGUUCGACAGAUGUGGAUACAGAAUCAAAUGUUACGAAAGGAGAAAAAGAAAUGGAAGAUCGGGAUCACGUUAAUUUCGAAAGAGAAGACGUUCCUGUAACAUCACCCGGCGAUGAAGAAGCAAUUGAGAAAAGAACGAGGGAGCACACGCCUGAUGCGCAUUCAAAAGUAGCGACCUGUCGGUACAACCAGGAGUUAUCGAGCGAGAACCAACCAAGGUGUGAUAACCAAGAUGUAGAGAAGGACGAGAGCAGUAACGAUGAAGACGAAGACACUGUUGAAGCUACGAAUAAAUCCGACAACGAAUACGAGGAAGUAAUUCGAAGAACCGAUGAUCCUCCAUCUGGUUCUUUAACGAAUACGUCGUUAUUGUCACUGGCGAAUUAUGAGAAAGAAACGAUCUCAGAUCUACCAAAAACACCAAAUGCUCGUAAAUUAGAUGAAGUCAAGCCCACGGCAAGUGAAUCAGAUCUGUUUUAUGCCAAUCGGGGAGACGACAGUUUGAAAAAAAUCGAGGGAAAUUACAGUGCAAUGAAAGAAGAAUUGGACAACACUUGCCACGAUUUAUCGAAAGUUAGAUUAGAUCGAAACGACUACAAAACGACCGAGUCGUUGAUGGAACGUUUAAAUCAUGGAGAAGAAAAUGGUCUCUCGAAAGACACUGCAACGUGCGCACGGUCGACCGAGAGAACAGGAUGGCGAGACUAUGACAACAUAGAAAACGUUUCGACAUCUUCGUUAUCCACAACAAAUUCUUACACGCGCGAAUGUUGCCGCGAACCGACUAUUCAAACAACUGCUUACACGGUGGCGCCGUGCCGCGAGGAACGUUGCUUCGAGAGGAUGAUCAUCAACAAGGAAACAUUGAAUAAAAUAGUCGUGCCUACAGACAGUACACGCGUGGAAAAGAUGAAACUGUCGAGACCACCGGUAGAAUGUGCCACGACCGAAAAUACCGACAACAAUUAUCGAUCAGACAACAAUCGUGUCACCUCGAACGUUCAAGAAACGAAUACCAAAAAGCAGAUCUUAGGUUCGCCGACUCGAAGCGUCUUCAUUAAAACGAAACGUAUAAUAUUCUCUCCGUUUCGACGCUCGGAGGAGCAUUCUUCAGCGAAGAAAGAGGACGACCAGGCGUUUAGAAGGAAAAGCAAAAGCACAUCCAGAUCGGGAUCACCUAAAUUAAAUCGUCAAGACGCACUCCUGAGGAUGUCCCUUUCGCUGCCAUGGCCACUUCGCGCGUCUUCGAAGGAUCGCGAAACGAAGGCCGAACGAAACGGCAAAGAAGAACGAGCGCCUAUGAAGAAUCCAAGUUUCGAACGGUGCAAGUCCAUGGAGAGCCCGAGGAAAUCGUCGACGUGCAGCGAAAGCAGCACGUUUCAGGCACAAACGAGAAUCUUUCGAGAUGGAAACUCGUCGCCCGAGUUGCCGGGAAGGAACGGCGAGUUUGAACAAUCUGUCGAGCAAAAGGAUCGAUGGACGAGUGCCUCGGUUGAACAGCAAAGUUUGAAGAUCCAACUCGAUGAUAGGGUCAAAGACACGUCCUCCCCGAAGUUCCAUCCAGAGUCCUCCGAUCUUAUUCACAAACUGACGAUUCUGUCCAACGUUGUAGCGAGAAGAGACGGCCGUGCGAAUCCAAUUUCGGAGGAUUCGUCUUUGGAGACGCACUCGUUGAGGAUACGUCGCGCGAAGGAAGAUUUCUUGUCUCGUCGAGGUGGUCCGCUUUGCCACUCGGUGCUAGAGCCUCCGUCGAUCAAUGAUCGAAGUUCUCCAACAACGUUCCCUCAUUACUACGAGCGGAUUUUGGAAAAUCAGGAGGAAGUAGCGAGCCGAGAUGCCACGAGCGCGAAUCGCGGCGCGCAAGAGGAAGCAACGAGGAAGCAGGAAACAGGACAGUUUGGAAACGAAUACGACGGGAAUGAGUUAUCGGUUUCUCGACCUGAUCGUGUAAAGUCCGCCAGCGCCGGAAUGAUAAACGUCGAUCCAGACACUUUCGUGCGUCUCACAGAGGCCAAUCGCGGAUGCGAGUCUCUUCCGAGGUCUAUCCAGAAGCAGCAACAGCCGGUAGGAUCGUUCGCGAAGAUUGUCAACAAAUUUAAAUUCUCGCGGUUGAUACGCAGCAAGGAUGUACAGGAGCAGAACAUGAGCACCGUGUCGACACUGUGCAGACAAAGUUUGUUGAUCGAUGUUCCAAACGAUUUUGACAAAUACUGGAAAUCGAAGGAUCGAGAGAAAGAGAAGGGUGAGAAAGAUGAAUGAUUAUAAUUGAUUUUUGAAAUUUAACUUUUGAAUCAGCAGGGUAGCAUUUUUUUUUUUUUUGGUAGAACACGUCAUCGUUUAUUCUCAUAAUGGUUAUUUUAAAAUGCGACGAACAACUUGAAGCAACUUUUAAUGUUUUCUAAACGUUCAAAGUAUCGCUUAUUUCAAAGUAUCGACAGUUGCCUGCUUUUUUUGAUAGUAUUAUACACGCGAUGACACGAUGAUAACACGUCGUAGCAAACUAACGAAGAAAAUACGCAGCUUCAGUAACAGCGAAACAUUCGAACCGUACUAAAUAGUUGUUCUUGAUGAAUGAUCGUAAUAAACUAAAAUGUUGUUGAUGUUCUAAUAAUUAUUACACAGAAAUGUUAUAAAAGUAUCGUAAUAUUAACAUACUUACAUAAAAUAAUCUACACCAGUGUAGUAAUUAGAAGAAAUGUCUAUUCGUAUGAAUGUGUAAUUAAACGUAUUUAAGACACAACUGGAUUUUGGUAAAUAUUACUUGUUAGAUUCAUUUCUAUUCGCCCAAAAUUCAUUUAUUAGUCAUUCAUCUAAAACUUGAAAAAUCUUUAGUUGUGCU